GCAGAUACUUUAUAGCCCCUUUGUAAUAAACAACCACGUGGGCCCCCUCUCUCUCCCAACUUGCUUGACUCUCUUCAAAUCUCAUCUAAAUAGUUCGUGUCUCUCUGUAUCUAUAUUUAUGUAUUUGUAGUGGAGCUGGCAGCUAUGGAGUGAGAUCCAAGAAUAACAAAAUCGCAGCCACAUCCCUAUUCCAAAUUUCCAAUCGAUUGGUGAAGACUCGAGAUAACAUUUCGCAUUAAGAGAGAGAGGAGAAUGGGAGAGACAAGUGUCGCAGAUGCAGCGGGCGCGGUGGCAGCUGCGAGACCCAAGCCGGCGACCAUCGCCGUUCCGCCACGUGGCUCCGUGUCGGAGUCACUAUUCACCAACGGGCUCAGCGGUAUGGGCUUCAGCCCGGGCCCGAUGUCCUUGGUCUCGAGCUUCUUCUCUGACCAGGGCCCCUUUUCCUUCUCCCAGCUCUUGGCCGGCGCCACUGCUUCGCCGAUUGCGGCGCCUCAGCCCAAAGAGGAGACCUGCCGCGAUUCUUCUGAAAAUGACGGCGCCGGGUUUAAGCGGAACAGGCCGAUGACUCUGGUGGUGGCGCCGCCGCAGCAGCAGCCGGAGAGCUUGAGCCCGCUCUUCAUGGUGCCGCCGGGGCUCACCCCUUCCGGCAUCCUCAACUCGCCGGCCUUCCUUUCCCCGCUUCAGGUCACCUUUCAAGAGCGGGCUCUUGAAAAGAGCCCUUUUGGAAUGUCCCACCAACAGGCGCUGGCGCACGUUACAGCUCAGGCCGCGUUUUCUCAAUCUCAUAUGCAGAUGAACUUGGAGCUUCAGCGCUCAUCUGUGGCUCCCACCACCGAAGCACCAGUUAGCCAUUCGUCCCCUGCACCGAGUGAGACCUUGACAGAACAGGUCAAUCUACCGCAACGGGAGAGCUCAAAACUUGAGCCUUCUGAAGUUUCUCAAUCUGAUAAAAAGGCUGCUUAUGUCACCACCGGCGAUAAGCCAGCAAGCGAUGGCUAUAACUGGAGGAAAUACGGGCAGAAGUGUGUCAAGGCCAGUGAGUGCCCCAGGAGCUACUAUAAAUGCACGUAUGCGAAUUGCCUUGUGAAGAAGAAGGUGGAACGGUCUUAUGAUGGCCGUGUAUCAGAGAUUGUAUAUAAAGGAGAGCACAAUCAUGACCCGCCCCAAUCUAAUAAACGGAAAAAGGACAGUUCUGUGGCGUUGGAUGGAGAGACGAACUGCGUAGAUGAGAAUGUACACGAAUCGCAGAAUGACGAAAUGGAAGGUUCUUUGAUAGUAAUAGACGACGAGAAGGAUAACGAGCCACUUGCUAAAAGGAGGAGCUCGGACAACAGGCAGCAAUCAAUGCCGGCUACAUCGCAUCAAACUAUUACAGAGUCGAAGAUUGUGGUGCAGACAAGAAGCGAAGUUGAUCUUUUAGACGACGGAUACAAAUGGAGAAAAUAUGGGCAGAAAGUUGUCAAGGGGAAUCCUCAUCCAAGGAGCUACUACAGGUGUACAUAUGCGGGAUGCAAUGUUCGUAAGCAGGUGGAGAGGUCUUCGGCAGACCCCAAAGCGGUCAUCACUUCGUACGAGGGGAAGCACAGCCACGAAAUCCCGGCUGGAAAAUAUAUGAGCAGUAACCAAGGCUUGCCUGCUGCCAAUGCGCAGCUGUCGAAGAUGCAAAGGGUGAUGGCUAAGGCACCUUCGGAGAUGGAGUUUGGUAGCGAAGCUCCGAUCACUCUACAUCUGAAAGAAGAAGAGGUCGCGGUUUGAUCCCUCCGACUACAACGCGAUGAACAGAAUAAGAAUUGCGGUGAACCGAAUUCCACCUUGUGUGGGAGAGGAGUUCAUGCUGUAAGUACUGUUUUGCUGCUAAAAUGUGUUGACAAUAGUGUUAUUUUGUUCAAGUUUGAAUCAUGCCUCAUAUGUAUAUUUAUUUUUUGUGUUUUGAAUGAGCGAAUGCAAAUACUAGAUAGUUAUUGUAAGUUUGAUGGAUAAUGGCGUUACAUGUUGUAAUGCAAGUAUAAUUGUGUUUUUGAUUAA